CCGCAUAGCGGAUGAAACCUAGCCACAAUAGCCCCUCCAAAACAUUUCACCAGCCACAAGUAGAGUUCCAAUGAAAGCUGGAACCACUCGAGCCCAUACCCGUGGGCAUCCAUUUGUCGUAGCUCAGCCACUAAAUUUUCAAAGUUGCAUCUCUUAAAACAUCAACAUAUAACUAAAAUGGCAACUACACAGAGUGAGAGGGUAUUUGUCCUCCCGGGAGACCAGAUAAAUCCUUCCUUGGUUCCAUCACAUCCCAAACGAGCUUUACGGCUCGGUCCCGGACUUCGGCAUAUCCCUCCGAAUGAGUUGAUACCUACAGUCGCCGGCCAGCUCAUCACUGAUCCUAGGAAGAAUUCGAUAUGGAUUGAGUAUAACGGAGGACGAUACAUACCAGCGGUCGGUGACCUAGUCAUCGGUACUGUGCACCAUUCAGCAGCUGAUUAUUUUUACGUCACGCUGUCCAACUAUACUUCCAAUGCUAUACUGCCGCAGCUAGCAUUUGAGAUGGCCACAAAGAAAACGCGGCCUAACCUGAACCCCGGCGCUCUAGUAUACGCGAGGGUCUGUCUUGCAAAUCGGCACAUGGACCCCGAACUCGAGUGCGUGUCGCCGAGUACGGGAAAGGCAGACGGCUUAGGUCCCUUAAACGGCGGCAUGCUGUUCGACAUCUCGCUGGGUAUGGCCCGGAGGCUUCUAAUGCGAAAGUCUGCCGAAGAGGGCAAGGUCGUUGUGUUAGAGGAACUUGGAUCCGCGGGUCUUGCUUUCGAGACCGCAGUCGGUAGGAACGGGAAAAUAUGGGUCAGCAGUGAAAAGACGAAGACUGUGCUGGUGGUUGGACGAGCAGUGAAGGAGACGGAUGAGAAAAGCCUCACGGUUGACCAGCAGAAGAAGUUGGUACGAAAGCUAGUUAAGGAGAUGAGUUAGGUCGGGUCCAAAACUACUCUGAUGUAGGUUAAGGCUGUUUUUCUCCAUACUUCAAUGAUACCCCAGUACUUUUCGGUCAGAUUCCGUAUAUGUUUUGUUAUUUGAACCAUCAUUUUUAAACUUUAUGCUAUUGUAGUAUGAAUGGUUAUGUCUUCUACAC